AUGGCUGCAGAGAUUAAAGUGCUUUUCUGUGUUGGACUCGCUCUCAUACUAACAGGUGUGGGAAAAUCUGCCUUUACUGGGAAAAUCCAUGGUAUAGAGAAUGUUGAUCCCGUGCUUCAGUAUGUAGCUAACAACUCACUGAGGGAGCACCCUGUCCUCACCAAACUCAGACUGAGAACCCUUGAAGACCAGUGGAGUACAAUGAUGGUUGCCAGUGAUCAAGCCCAACUGAUGGCAAAUCUCAUUAGGCUGAUUAAUGCCACUAAAGCUAUUGAAAUUGGGAUGUACACUGGGUACAAUGCACUGAAUAUGGCUUUGGCCAUGCCAGAAAGUGGACGUGUGGUUGCCUGUGAAAUAGAAAGCACCUACAUAGACAUUGCCAAACCCUUUUUUAAAGAGGCGGGAGUCGAAAACAAGAUAGAUGUUCGGCAUCAAAUCGCUAUGAAGACACUGGAUGAACUGAUAGCAGCUGGAGAAGCUGGGACAUUUGACUUUGUGUUCAUCGAUGCUGAUAAAUUUAACUAUGACAGAUACUAUGAAAAGUCUCUAGAGCUGAUACGAAAAGGGGGCAUUAUUGCAAUUGACAAUGUGCUGUGGAAUGGAAAGGUUGUGAAUCCUGCUCCCAGUGACUUGACCUCACAAGGUCUAGAUGCGCUCAAUAAGAAGCUACACAAGGACCAGAGGAUUGAACUGAGCAUGCUCACUGUGGGGGAUGGCCUGACUAUUGCUAUUAAACGCUAA